AUGAGCUGGGCGGAGGAGCGUGGUUUGCUGAGAAACCCUAAAGUAAUGGCAAGGGCGGAACAAGAGAUUGAAUUGCAGGUUGGGAGAGAUCGGCUUGUAAGGGAGAGUGAUAUUGCAAACUUAGAUUACUUGCGAUGUGUGAUGAAGGAAACAAUUCGAUUACACCCAGCAGGGCACUUGCUGGUGCCACACGAGACCACUGAGGCUUGCACUGUGGGACGAUAUUACAUUCCACCAAAAACAAGGCUGUUUGUGAACAUUUGGGCAAUCGGAAGAGAUGAAAGUGUUUGGGAAGAUGCUUUAGAAUUCAAGCCGAAGAGAUUUAUUGGGUCAAGCAUAGAUCUGAAAGGCCACCACUUUGAAUUGUUGUCAUUCGGAACAGGGAGGAGGGGAUACCCCGGGAUGUUCAUGGGGCUUUCCGUUGUUAGCUUGGUUGUUGCUCAACUCAUACAUUGCUUUGAUUGGAGUGUAGAGGGUGAAGUAGACUUGGAUGAAGUGUUUGGGUUGAGCUUACCUAGAAAGUUUCUCCUUUCUGCUCUUCCAUCUUGGAAACUCACCACUGAAGGGUCACCAUGA